AUGGAGGCCUCUCUGGCAGAGCACGCUAAGGCGAAGCACUUCCACACAGUCACACCGCUGCUGGAGAGCUGGGCACUGUCCCAGGUGGCAGGCACGACUGUCUUCCUCAAGUGUGAGAACGUGCAGCCCGCUGGCUCCUUCAAGAUCCGCGGCAUCGGGCAUUUCUGCCAGGAGGCGGCCAAGAAGGGCUGCAGACACCUGGUGUGCUCGUCAGGGGGCAACGCGGGCAUUGCUGCCGCCUACUCUGCUCAGAGGCUGGGCAUCCCCGCCACCAUCGUGCUCCCUGAGGGCACCUCCCUGAAGGUGGUGAAGAGGCUUCAGGGGGAGGGAGCCGAGGUUCAGCUGUCUGGAAAGGUCUGGGAUGAAGCCAAUCUGAAGGCACAAGAGUUGGCCAAGAGGGACGGCUGGGUGAACGUCUCCCCGUUCGACCACCCCCUGAUAUGGGAAGGCCACUCCAGCUUGGUGCGGGAGCUGAAGGCAGUACUGGAGACCCCACCGGGGGCCCUAGUGCUGGCAGUGGGGGGUGGCGGGCUCCUGGCCGGGGUAUUGGCAGGCCUGGCGGAGGUGGGCUGGCAGCACGUGCCCAUUGUCGCCAUGGAGACCCGAGGGGCACAUUGUUUGAAUGCAGCCAUCGAGGCAGGCAGGCUGGUCACACUGCCCAACAUCACCAGUGUGGCCAAGUCCCUGGGGGCCAAGACGGUGGUCGCACGGGCCCUGGAGUGCGCACAGGACUUCGAGAUCUUAUCUGAGGUGGUGGAGGAUGCGGAGGCUGUCAGUGCUGUGCAGCGGUUCCUGGAUGACGAGCGCAUGCUGGUGGAGCCUGCCUGUGGGGCAGCCUUAGCUGCCAUCUACUCGGGAAUCCUGGGGAAGCUCCAGGCUGAGGGCCGCCUGCCACCCUCCCUGGCCUCUGUCGUGGUCAUCGUGUGUGGAGGAAACAGUAUUGACAGCCAAGAGCUGCAGUCUUUGAAAGCCCGGGUGGGCCAGAGCUGA